UAAGCGGCUAGUUGAGUGUUGUGCUACUGUUGGUUUUUAAUAAUCGGUUACUGAUUGUUAUGACGAGUGGAUCGUUGCUGCUUUUGUAUUUUUCUUGUUUGUGUAUUUGCCUCAUUAAUGCUAGUGAAGACAAUGCAACACAAGUUAAAGCUGUUAAAAAUUGCAAUGUAACGAAGAGCAUCGCGUUUCUUCGAGGACUUUCUGGUAUACUAUUUUCUGAUAAAUCAGACGACAAGCUGGACUAUUAUUUCAGUGUUUGUGGUUUCAAAACGUAUGGAAACACUUCAAUGUUUAUAAAUCAGACAGUUAUAUCAGUUGGUGAUGAUGAAAUUUCAGAAAUAGGGUCAUUUGCAAAUUUUUCACUCUCAUACAAAAGUGAUGGAUAUGUGUUGUUAUUUAACGAUUCAGUAAAUGCGGCGAAGUUGGUCCUUGGUUGUGGCAGUCUACCAGCCUUUCAUCGUGUCAGUAAUGAGGGGGAAGAAUAUUACGUUUUUAAUCUAUUCCAUCCUAGUCUUUGUGGCAUCCGUGAGUCUGUAAUGUACACGCUCAUUGUUGUAAUUAUUUGUACUUCAGUCCUUACUAUUGGAUAUUGUUUAUUAAGUUGUUUAAUAAAGAAAUGUAUAAGUGGACUAACGUGGUAUGAAUCCAUUCCAUAUAUUGAUACAUUUGAAAAUAUAAAUAGUCGAUUCAAGAAUUACAUUGUUCUUCAUUUUCAUCGACGUCAGACUCGUCUAGCUGAACCAGUUUAUGUACGUGUACCAUCUGAUUCACCUGAGCAUUCCGACAGUAGUGGUAAUAAUGAUAAUAAAAAGUUUGGAUCACUCUAUGCUGAUUUAACAGAAGAAAAACAACAGCUACUGGCAUCGAACACAAAUGAACCCCAGGAUGAUGAUGUAUUAUUAGCUCUAUAAAACAAAGUGGAUCGUUAUUACCACGAUCAGAUUGUGUUAUCUUCAUUAUAUGUGAUGAAUGGAUAUUUUUCAUUGUUUUGUUCUUGUUUUCUUUUUUCACUUUCUUGGUGAUAUAUUCGUCAGUUUAACUCACUCCUCUUUUCUCAGAUAAUCAUCACUAAGCGCUAACACUGAUGAUUUGUUGGCGGUGCAGGUGUUAGGGAGGAGGUGAUAUGCAUUUCAUCUUACUUUGUUGUGGAUUUCUUUUUUUUAAAAUAACCUAUUCAGAUACAUUUGUGUGUGGGUUAUUUUCCUUUAUUCUUGAUAUAAUUGUGGAUUUUAAGAAAUAACACACAGGUGUAUAUGUAUCACUGUCUCUCUAAUCAUUUAUGCCUCUUUGUUAUCAUGUGUGAUUUUAUCCUGGUGCCUUGUGUGUGUGUGUGUGUGUGCGUCUCUGUGUCCAUGUACAUGUAAGUCUCAUGAGCACAGACUUGUAUAUUUUAGGCAUAAUAAUGACAAUAACAGCUAGUGCUCUAUGUGUAUGUUGAACAACAAAUGGAUGAAAGGACCAGUUAUUCAUUCUAACCAGAUUUUAUGAGUUUCCGUGUCUUACUGCCCCCUCCAUCCGCGCCUCCCUCCAUUUAACUUCAUAUAUCAUAAUAAUAAUAAUAAUAAUAAUU